AAUUUAUAUAUAUUUGUAUCCAAAGGCAAAAACCUCAUAAACCCAUAGAAACCAGAGAGAUGUUUCAAAGCAGAGUAAUAUCAUCUCUUAUAAAGAGAAACAAAGCAGCAUUUAAUACUGUAGUUUACAGUUUCAAAGGCAAAGCUUUACCCUUUAAAGAUUUGAGACAAAACCCAUCAAAUAAAUCAUUCUUCAAUGGCUUCAGAUCGUUACCUGAGACAUUUAAGGGUCAUCAUGUCCCAUCUAUGAGGAAUAUGUCUACUGCUGCAGCAUCUAUUGGUGUGGAAGGUAAGGAGGGACUAAAGCUACUUGUAACAGGCGGACCUCGAGCUCAAAAAAUGGUUGGGAUAUGGCUUUUUGGUUCUGCUGCCUGGGUUUUUAGCAUGGUGGUGCUUGGUGGUGUCACACGUCUAACUCGAUCUGGUCUUUCAAUGACUGACUGGAAAUUUACGGGUCAGCUCCCGCCGCUUUCAAAUGAGGAAUGGUUGAAUGAGUUUGACAAAUAUAAGCAGUCGCCUGAAUAUAAGCGUAUAAAUAAAGGAAUGAGUAUUGAAGAUUUCAAAUUUAUUUAUUGGAUGGAAUAUGCACAUCGUAUGUGGGGAAGGGGACUGGGUAUCAUGUUUGCUCUGCCAUUUUCUUAUUUUCUGCGGCGGGGAUAUAUAACAUUGCGACUUGGACUAAAAUUAUCCGCUCUUUUUGCCCUUGGAGCUGGGCAGGGUUUCAUUGGCUGGUGGAUGGUCAAAAGUGGUCUAGAGGAGCCAAAUUCUGAAUAUGCUCAGCCAAGAGUAAGUCCUUAUCGGCUUGCGGCUCAUCUUACUUCAGCAUUUGCCAUCUAUAGUGGCCUAUUCUGGACUGCACUUUCAGUUGUCAUGCCUGAACCGCCUGCAGAAUCACUUGCAUGGGUUCGUGGGGCGGCAACCGUUAAGAGACUUGCUCUUCCAGUUAGCCUCAUCGUAGGUAUUACUGCUAUAUCAGGGGCAUUUGUUGCUGGCAAUGAUGCGGGUCGAGCAUUUAACACUUUUCCCAAGAUGGGCGAGUCAUGGAUUCCUGAUGAUAUAUUUGUCAUGAAGCCUUUAAUUCGGAACUUCUUUGAGAAUACAUCAAUGGUUCAGCUUGACCACCGCAUCCUUGCAACUACGACCUUAAUUUCAAUUUGCGCAUUACGGUGGUUCACGAGAAAGUUGGACAUACAUCCAGCAGUCCGAUCUUUGAUUGGAACCACCCUAGGCAUGGCUGCUCUUCAGGUCACCUUAGGGAUUUCAACACUUCUAUCAUAUGUACCUGUAUCACUUGGCUCUGCUCAUCAGGCUGGAGCAUUAACACUUCUAACACUUGUUAUUCUGCUAAACCACACAGUACGGAAACCUUCCGUUUCCCUUCUUAAAUUACUUCCUCUGAAGACCGUGUGAUUGAUCGAGACCUAUGUUGCAUGGAAAUUUCACGAGCUUUACGUUUCGGCGUCUGUUUCUCUUUUUAGAAAUGCUUUGGAAAACUUCGAAACUCUAUAUUUAUAAAUUAUUCUUUUAUAUAAAAAAUACCAUUUUGUAGUUUUUUUGUUUUGGCGUUUCUCGUCCGAUCUAUGCUAUGUAGAUCGAGGCACUGAAAAAGGAGAAUUAGGUUAGUUGUAUCAAAUACAGAAGUCAUUAAUUAGACUGUCAUUGUUGUGAAAUUACAAUCAGCUAUCGAGCAGCUUAUGAAUUUCCUUAGUUGAAAUUUCAUUCUUUAUGUAAUUGUACAUGGUUGUUUGCAGUAAAUAAAUCCUCAAGUGCUUAUGUUACCA